CGGAGGGACAGCGGGACCCACCCCGGCCCGGCCCCACCGCGUCACUUCCGCCCGGACCUGCGCACGGGGCUCCUUCUCCCCGUCGGCGCCGGCGCAAGAUGGCCAAGCGCACCAAGAAGGUCGGGAUUGUGGGUAAAUAUGGGACCCGUUACGGUGCAUCCCUUAGGAAAAUGGUGAAGAAGAUUGAAAUUAGCCAGCAUGCCAAGUAUACCUGCUCCUUCUGUGGCAAGACCAAAAUGAAGAGGAAGGCUGUGGGUAUCUGGCACUGCGGAUCCUGCAUGAAGACAGUAGCUGGUGGUGCCUGGACCUACAAUACCACCUCUGCAGUGACAGUCAAAUCUGCCAUCAGAAGACUGAAGGAAUUGAAAGACCAGUAGAAGCUACUUCCAUGUGAAACAUCUUUUUUUUCCCAUUGUCAAGAUCUGUCCUUUUACCAAUAAAAAGGUGAUAAUGGAGU